AUGUCAAGGAAAGAUAGCAGACGUGAGAACUUACAUCAAGCCGAUGACUCAAUGUCUGUUCCAGGCCGAAAGCAAGUUGAUUUUGAAGGAUCUGAUUUUGCUAAUGAGUUUGUAUGUGAUCCAUGUCAAGAGGAAGGUCAUCAGUACGAAGCAUUUGGAUUCUGUUCUAACUGCAACCACUAUCUGUGUAAAACAUGUUAUACAGUACAUUGUCGUCCGUUACCGACAAGAAACCACAACCUGCUGGACAAAUAUCAUAUGCCCAAAAACCGACCGCGAUUGUCUACUGGCAAUCAUGACAUUGACGAAAAAUGUGAAAAACAUAGUGGAAAAAUAGUGGAGUAUUUUUGUAAAAAUCACGAUGCAAUCGGUUGUUCUGUGUGCAUUACACUGGAUCAUAAACUAUGUGACGGAGUUCAGUUUGUACCAGCUAUAAUGGUCGACAAAAAUAAAGCCCGCAUGGUUAUGCUGGAGCUUUCCUCAUUGAAUGGCAAUGCAAAAGAUAAACAGGAACGCUUAAAUCAAUGGCUAGCACUUAGUGAACAAAGCUUUGAUAACGCUGUGCAAGAUGCAAGAACGUUUUCUAUAGAAAUGAAAUCUUCUAUAGAAAUUCUUGAAAAAAAGUUCGAAAAAACAGCUCAGAGCCAUCGUGAUACAACAGUGAACUUCAAAGGCCUUUGA